AUGUUUACCUAUCUCUCUAUUUCAUUCUGUUUUAACCGUCUUGUGUCCAUCUGCUUACAGUACCUCCCUAUGUCUAUCCAUCAUAUUUUCUUUUCUUCAAUUGAUAACGAAGAUGCGCAUCCACACAGGCACCCAAGUCUAUCUAUCUAUCUAUCUAUCUAUCUAUGUCAGUCUGUUAAAUAUCUAUCUAUCAUAUCUAUCUAUCUAUCUAUCUAUCUCUAUCUCAGGCUGUUAAAUAUUCUUCAUCUAUCUAUCUAUCUAUCUAUCUAUCUAUCUAUCUAUGCUGUUAAUCAUCUAUCUAUCUAUCUAUCUAUCUAUCUAUUAAAUAUCUAUUCAUCUAUCUAUCUAUCUAUCUAUGUCAGUCUGUUAAAUAUCUAUCUAUCUAUCUAUCUAUCUAUCUAUCUAUCUAUCUAUCUAUCUAUCUAUCUAUGUUCUAUCUAUCUAUCUAUCUAUCUAUCUAUCUCUAUCUAUCUAUCUAUCUAUCUAUCUGCAUUGAGAGAGAGAGAGAGAGAGAGAGAGAGAGAGAGAGAGAGAUGGGUGAGGGGCGGGGAGAGAGAUAAAGUUUGUACAUGGAUGGAUAUAGCGAUUUACUAA